GUUUCAGAAGUAGCAGGCUGGGCGAGAACUGCACCAACUUCACGAUCGUCGGAGGUUCGCAACGGGUGAUCAGUGGAGGACGGAUGGUGGACAAAAGCCACAGCAACUAUAACGAUACCAGUAAUAAACUUAAUACUACUAAUACUACUAAUAAUAUUUUAAUUAGCAAUAACAACAAUUAUAAUAAUAAUAAUAAUAAUAGAAAUAUUAACAACAGUCCGUCUAUCAACGACAACAAUAAUAAUAAUAAUGCUAAUAAUAAUAUUAAUAGUAACAGAGAUAAUGUUGGUUGCUUCGGCAGGAGUAUUAUCAAAGCUGGGUCGAGAAUUGUCCGUGCCGAUCGGACAUUAGGACAGCAAAAUUCCGAUGUCCUUUGGUCACCUGGCUUGUCGCGAUUGUCUGAAGUAACGGAAUCGAGAGAUUCUUCUGUCAAUGUUCAGGGAGUUUCCGGAUCGAAUUUGAAUGGCAACAGUUUGAGUAGUCUGGCAGGACACAAUCUCGGUAACUGUCGUGUGUUUAUAGACCAUCACCAGCCGAAUACGCUGAAUGUGGGUUCGAAUCUAGUUAUCAACUCGAAAACGCGAAAUUUGCCCUCGCAGGUCGGCCAGCCGAAGCAAUGCACUGCUGUUCUUCUUGGGACAGUAGGACAGCUCUCCAAAUCGGCGGUGACAGCUGCUGCUCUGCAGCAGUCCCUGCUUUCGGGUGCAAGUGGCAAUAAUUGCAGUAACACCUUGAGUGCACUCAAUUCGGUGACGGCGACGCCGCUGUCGCAGGUUUUUGUGUUGCAAACUUUGGGACAGGAACAACAACAAAAACAACAACAGAAAGAACAACAACGACAGCAGCAGCAGCAGCAGCAACAACAACAACAACAACAACAAACACUGCAGUUGCAUAACAGUUUAAAUCUAAGGGACAAUGUGCCGUUGCAGUUUUAUCAAGGUUCUGUCGAGUCAGCAAACUACGUCCAAACCCAGCUGCAGCAGCAACAACAACAACAACAACAACAACAGCAUAUUCAAGCGCAAUUGCUUCUACAACAACAACAACAACAACAACAACGGCAGCAGCAGCAGCAACAAGAAAGACUGCAACAACAAAACCAACAACAUCUGCAAUUAUUACAACACCACCACCACCAACAACAACAACAACAACAACAGUUAUUACAUCAACAACUUCUGCAACAACAACAACAACAACAACAACAGCAGCAACAACAACAACAACAACAACAACAACAACAACAACACCAGCAGCAGCAGCAGCAGCAACAGCAGCAACAGCAGCAUGUGUACGCUGAGAACAGAGAAAAUUGUCCAACGAUGUUUGGAAUAAAUGGUAAACCACGUCUCGUGGUGAAACCGUUAGAGACCCGAGUCCAACACCAAACUGUUGAUACAUCGGUGCUGGAUCUAUGCGAUGCCAUGGCACUGUCGCCAGACAUGCCAGUCACCGCCAAAUGCUACCCUAAACCUGUAUAUUCCUAUAGCUGUCUCAUAGCGAUGGCUUUGAAAAAUAGCAAAACUGGGAGUUUACCGGUCAGUGAGAUUUACAACUUCAUGACAGAGAACUUCCCAUACUUUAAGAAUGCACCAGGUGGAUGGAAGGACCAGCUCAAGGAGGCACCCAGGGAACCAUGUGCUAGGGGGUACCAAAAAGGGCAACGUUUGGAAUUGAUUAUCCAGGGACGAGUAGACUCACCUCAGAUGCAGAUUUCACCGAAUCUACCCAACAUCAUCAACAUCCGACAGACAGCAAAUGUGCACCCAGAGCAACCCAAUAUAUUAUCAGGAGGCCCUAAUCAGUAUCAUAUCCAGUCCCCUUUUCUACCAGACAGUCCGACCCCACAACAUGUCGAGAUUCUAGAACAAAACAACAGCAGCUUAUUAAAGGAAGUCGGUGCUGUGGACACAACUCUUUCUUUAGACCCAACAAUGUCAGAAAUGAACCUAAAGAACCUGUUGGAUCCCACAAUCUGUCUCCAAGACAAUUUCCCCUUCCAGAACAGUAUAUGGGACGAAGACAUGGAUGUUGAGUUGAGUUUAGAUAUGCCUGUGGCCAUAUCUGCAACCAAUUCUGGGGUGCAAACUCUAGGGGCCUCACUAACUUCAGCAGCACCUCAUAUCAAUUUAUAUUCCCCUCUGGCAGGAAUCAGAAAUGAGUCUUUAGCAGUCACAGGAUUUGGUCACACAGCUUACAACCAACUAGAUGUCAGUGGUUCAAUCUACGGCCAGAAUACCCUUUCUGUAUCAACGUAAUCAUUGUGUCAACUGAAGAUGUUUGUUGAUGCCAAAACAUUUUGAUUCUCUCCACAACUUCUAUAUUACUACAACUGAUCUUUAUACAAUGGUUGGCUACUGGCAGUUAUUUUGACAGUCACUCCCAUCUUGUGGAUAUAUUACAAGAAAUACAGACUUUACAAGAUACUUUGUGAAAUAGAUUCACUCUUUUAAUUCCCCAAAGUCAGCAAACAGUGACUGCAAAGUCAUUAACCCUUUCAUGUUUAAUCCUUUGAACAUAUCUGGCCUAAAUAUCCCAGCUAUUUUAUGUUCAAACUGGACAGAACUGGUUUCCUGCAUCCGCCCUACAAUGUCAUUCUAAAGACAAACAAUCACUCUAAAGAAAUCUCAAGGCUACAAGAUAAUCCAGGAUUAAUUCAAAACAAUACGCAUAAAUAAGGAUUAUAUUUGACAGAGUAAUCCUAAAUGCCAAAGGGUUAAAACAAUUUUAUAUUUUAGUGACAGGUAUGGCUGGAGGGCUGAGAAGUUCACUUCCCAACAUCUAGUUCCACUUUCAGGUCCUUUGCAUGGCAUAUUGGACAAGGGUCAUCAGCUUCAGUCUUGGGCCAGACAAUUCCAUGUGAGUGGAAUUAGCAGAUGCAAACUGUGUAGAGGUUCAUCGUGUGUGUGUGUGUAUGUAAAUGUUGGUUUAAAAUUUUGCCACAAGGCCAGGAAUUUGGGGGAAGGAUCCUAGUCUAUUAUACCAACGCAGUAUUCAGCUGGUACUUAAUUUAUCAACUCCCAAAAAGGAUUGACCUCGGUGGAAUUUGAACCUUCAUGUGUGUGUAUAAAUGUUAUUCUUUAACAAGAAUGGUAUUGAGAGUGACUUCAGGCAGUCCAAUGAUAACAUAACCAGCCAAAACUUCGAAGUCACUGUCAAGAAUAUUCUUGUUUAAGAAUAUUAAAUUUGUUCUCUAUAAAAAGUAUGGAAUACUCCUUCAGUUUAAUGUAGAUUUGUUUUUAGCAUAAAAACGAAUACAAAUUAUAUAUACCGGAGUAAGCACAUAAAAUGUGCAACAAGGUGGAAAAAAGAGUACUCAAAUACCAGAGGUAGAGUAAUAUGCAUUAUUUAAAAGCAGCAGAAAUAUAACAAAAGACUGUUAUUCGG